GAAAACUCAUACUAGGAGAGAGAGAGACACAGCAACAGAAAGAAUCAGAACCCUAAAAAUGGCAGAGCCCAGUGGUUAUAAUUAAAUUGGGCCACUCUCUUCUUCUUCUUCGCCUUCUUCGUGUUUCUGUUUCAAAUUUAUACUCGCUCGUGCAUAUGGGGUGUAGCAACUUCUCUUGUUGUUCAGUUGUUAUUUAUUCAACUUAGCUCUCCUCCAUUUUUUAUUGUGGAGUUGCUCUUUCUUUGCUGCUGGGAGGAGGUUUUAAAGAGGUUUAAUGGCGAGGCUUAUUCGAAGUGCGUCUUUUUUCAGACGCUCCCUUUUCCACCACGAGCAGGGCUUCAGGAGAGGCAUAUUGGGAACGUCUACUCAAAUUUGUAGUUUUUCUACCAAAGGUAGAAGAAAGUCCAAGUCAUCAGAUGGGAGUGAUUCUUGUGAAGAAAAUUUGUCUAAGAAAGAGUUGGCCUUACAACAAGCCUUGGAUCAGAUAACUUCCACAUUUGGGAAGGGUUCUAUCAUGUGGCUUGGCCGCUCUGUAGCAUCUAGACAUGUCCCUGUGGUUUCCACUGGUUCUUUUGCUUUGGAUAUAGCACUGGGAGUUGGUGGCCUUCCUAAGGGUCGUGUAAUCGAGAUUUAUGGUCCAGAGGCAUCUGGAAAGACAACUCUGGCUUUGCAUGUAAUUGCUGAAUCUCAGAAGCAAGGAGGUUACUGUGUCUUUGUUGAUGCAGAGCAUGCUCUUGACCCAGCCCUCGCUCAGGCUAUAGGAGUGAACACUGAGAAUCUGCUUCUAUCUCAACCUGACUGUGGCGAACAAGCACUUAGUCUCGUGGAUACCCUAAUCCGAAGUGGUUCAGUUGAUGUUGUUGUUGUUGACAGUGUAGCUGCUCUCGUGCCGAAAGGUGAACUUGAUGGCGAGAUGGGUGAUGCUCACAUGGCAAUGCAGGCUAGACUCAUGAGCCAAGCACUCCGCAAAUUGAGCCAUUCUUUAUCACUGUCCCAGACUAUAUUGAUCUUUAUUAAUCAGGUAUUAUUUUGCGUUCGAUUGUCUAGAAGUAUUCUGCAAUUUCUCAUGCAAUCAUCUAGUGGCACUGCACUUGGAAACUGUAUGUCUCUUCAGGUUAGGUCAAAGCUAUCCACUUUUGGGGGAUUUGGCGGGCCAACUGAAGUUACCUGCGGUGGCAACGCCUUAAAGUUCUACGCCUCGAUGCGGCUAAACAUUAAAAGGAUAGGUCUUGUCAAGAAGGGGGAAGAGACAUUGGGAAGUCAAGUUCAAGUUAAAGUCGUGAAGAAUAAGCUCGCUCCUCCCUUUCGGACUGCUCAAUUCGAGCUCGAGUUUGGAAAGGGUAUAUGUAAGGAAUCAGAAAUUAUAAACUUGGGGUUGAAAUACAAAUUCAUGUCCAAGGCUGGUGCAUUCUAUAGCUUUAAUGGACGAAGUUUCCAUGGCAAAGACGCCUUGAAAACAUUUCUGGCUCAGAAUGGAGAUGCUAGGGAAGAAUUAAUUACAAAACUUCGGGAUAAACUACUGGACAUGGACAUGGAUAAGCGAGGGAACGGAGACGAAACAGAAGAAAGUGCUCGAGAAGAUAUCAUUUCACCCGAUUCUACGGACGAAGAUGCAGUUACUGCCGUAGAAGUAUAAAUAUGUGAAUGCCAUGUCCAUUCAAGCUGUGUCUGAAUUUCACCGGGUGCGAAGUUUUGGGUCUUUGUGGUUUACUGAUGGGAGGCGUUACCCUUGUAAAUAUUAGACAUUUUCGCCGACGAUGAAAUGUAGAAAAUGGAGGUGUUUUAGAGAGUCAGAAUACCAGAGUAAGGAUGCUCGUUUGAAACUCCGGUGCGUGAUGGGUUGCUAACUACAGCAAGUACUACAAGAUUUUGUAUUUACAGCAUGACCGAUUUGUUAGUCUUGAGUAGCAGUAUUAUUGAUCAGCUUUUGCUAUUUACCAUCUCCCUAAUCACAUCCUCUGGUUUAAUGGUUGGACAUUUUUACAAGAUAUACAGAUCAAACUUGAAGAAAUUUACGGGUUGUGGAAAGUCAUUCUGUAAUUUAUUUGUAUUCCAACGUCUAUUGGGCUGUAAUUUAAUCACUCAUUUCUGGAAGUAGUGAAGCUUUUGCCGAGAUAUGAUAAAAGUUUUACAAUCAGCUUUUGAUGGACUCGUAGUUGUGAAAUUUGAUAUGAACAAAGUUUAUGACAGGAUA